AUGGAUGCGCAAGCCAAGAAAAAGGCUUUGUUCCGUGCUAAAUUGAAUGCUCAGAAGAAGGAAAAGCGCAUAGAAUCUCCCCUUGUGAGGUAUAAUGAAUUUGAUCAACCUGUUUGCCGGGUUUGUGAUGUUGUUCUGAAGUCUGAAUCUUUAUGGGAUGCACACCAAGUUUCUCGUAAGCAUCAUGAGGCAAUAAGUAAUCUGAAAGCUAAUGCAGCUGGAUUAACUCAACAAAACAAUGCAAAGCCUGUUUCUGAUACCAGCAUUCCCAAGGCUAAACUAGAACAUCCUUUGGGCUCACAAUCCAAACUUCCAGAAGGUUCACAAGAAGUGUCUAAACCUCAAUCAUCGUCAGUGCUUCCACCAGGUUUUUUUGAUGACAGUGAUUCAGGAAAGACAAGAUCUGAACAUUUAGCAGACUCUAAUUUAGGGAGAACUCCUGGGGUUUCUGCUCAAAAUCAGGUGUUAAACUUGGAGAAGGAGAAAGGUCAUUUUCAUGACAAUAAUGCUGCAGAGUCAAAUGUUAGCCAGACAUCAGUCAAGACUGCUGAUACAGAGGUUAAGCAAGUAAAAGGGAGUCUUCCUGAAGGAUUUUUUGACAAUAAGGAAGCUGAUUUGCGUGCUCGUGGCAUAAAGCUUGUUAAGCCGGAUGUCAAAGACGAGUAUAAGGAAUUUGAGAAGUUGAUUCAAGAAGAUUUGAAGGAGGUUGACAACCGGUUGGAGGAAGAAGAGAUUGAUGCGGCCGAAAUGAUAGAAGAAGCUGAAUCUGUAGAGCAGAAGAUCUUCAGGGAGAAAGUGCAAAUGUUGAAGAAGAGGAGAUUGGAAAUAAAAGCUGCUAAUGCUGCAAAGCGUAAUAAAUCAUCUGAGGUUGCAGCCAAGGAGUCUACACACGAUGAGUCAUCCAGUGAUGAUGAAAGUGGAGAAAAUUUUGCCGUGGAUUGGAGAGCACAACACUUGUGA